AUGGAUAAAUUCAUAAAAUUGACUUAUGUUGUGGCAGAAUUUGAGGCCGACUAUAAUGACACGGCCCAAACUGACCAUACAAAAUAUACCCUCACUCUUCAGCAAGAGGAACUUAAGGCAAUAUGGAGAAAGGUAAAAACAGCUUACGAGGAAUUAGUGCAUUCCGACACGUUAGACGCUAAAGGAGUCUCUACGGUUAAGCCUAGGUAUAAGAGCUCCUAUUCUGUUUAUUUGCGCUGCAUGUCGAACAUGUCAGAUUUCCAGGCAAAGUUAGUAAAGGGCGAAAAAGAUACAGAGGGCGUGUCUGUCCAGGAACACAAUAUACAUCUGCCCCCGUGCGAUACGGACGUGUUCAAAGGCGACUACCUCUCUUGGCCAACAUUCCGAGACAUGUUUACGGCCAUAUAUAUACUGAAUAAGCGCCUUACCCCGGUUGAGAAAUUAUUCCACCUCAACCAAAAAACACAGGGGGAGGCCAAAGAUAUCGUACAAAAAUGCCCACUUACAAACGAGGGAUUUGCCACUGCAUGGAAAAAUUUAACUGAUAGGUACGAGAACAAACGUAUUCUCGUAAACUCCCAGUUACAAAUUCUUUUUAAUUUAAAGUCGGUAGAAAACGAGUGCGGAAUCUCGAUUAAGAAACUACAGCGAGAUAUAAAUAAUUGCAUCUCAUCAUUAAAAAGCCAUAAAAUUGACAUAUCAAACUGGGAUGCAAUAUUUACUUAUCUCUGCUCAACGAAGUUGCCAGAAAGUACCUUAGCAUUGUGGGAACAAACGAUCGAGAACAAGACGGAAAUAUCCAAGUGGGAGGAUAUGGACAAAUUUCUGUCCAACCGAUUCCAAACUCUUGAAACCGUCUCGGGCAUAACAGGUAUUAGACAUACCAAAACCCCAAAGCCCCACAAUAGUAGGCAUACAAAUGAAACACCGCAAAAAAGACUUGGCGCAUUUCAAGCUUCUGUAGCCAAAGCCAUGUGUCUAUUCUGCAAAAGCAGUAACCACAAAUUAUCGAAAUGCCACAAAUUUCUCGAACUCACGGUGUCAAAGAGAAUAGCUUUCAUUAAGGAGAAUCAUGGCUGCUUGAAUUGCUUACAUGCUCAUUUAACUGCAGCACCUGUCACCAAAGGCACCACACGCUCCUGCAUAAUCAAGCAGCUCAGCCAAAAGCAGCCAUGA